CGACAUAGUCCAUCCGGUAACGACAAUGGCUGAACCGACUCCGAAGACCAGCAGCCGGUUGCAAGAGUUAAAAGACAGAUCACACAAGAGAAAGGAGUUAUUGGCAAAAGCUCUUGGAGUCAGCAGUCCGGAUGCAUUGAAAAUUGUUUUGAACAGCAAAGAAGACAGAAAGCAGUCAACAGCAAAGAAACCAGCAGAUGAAAAUGAUCAUGCAGAAAAGAAGCUAAGGCUAGAUGAGAAGUCAGACAAGAAUACACCAUCAGGGACUUUGGAGAAAAAGGAGGCAGAGUUUGAAACAGAUGAAGUGUACACAGACUCAAGUGCUUUCCUAAAAGGAACACAGAGUGCCAAUCCACACAACGACUAUUGUCAGCACUUUGUGGACACAGGAGAGAGACCACAAAACUUCAUAAGGGACGUUGGUCUUGCUAACAGAUUUGAAGAAUAUCCAAAAUUACGGGAGUUGAUCAAGUUGAAGGAUGAACUGAUUUCACAGACCAGCAUCCCCCCAACGUACAUGAAGUGUGAUUUGGAGGCGUUUGAGCUCCACGAACUCGGGUGCCAGUUUGACGCGAUACUCCUGGAGCCACCCCUGGAGGAGUACCAGCGAGCGCACGGGGCCGUCUUUGAAAAGUACUGGGACUGGGAUGAGAUUGAGAAACUUGACAUCCCCAGUGUGGCAGCUCAGAGGUCCUUCAUCUGGAUCUGGUGUGGAAAUGCAGAGGGGCUGGAGCGGGGAAGACUGUGUCUGAAGCAAUGGGGCUAUAGAAGGUGUGAGGACAUCUGCUGGAUCAAGACCAACAUCAAGAGACCCGGGCACAACAAGAACCUGGAGCCAGGGGCUGUCCACCAGAGAACAAAGGAGCACUGCCUCAUGGGCAUAAAAGGCACCGUAAAGCGAAGCACAGACGGUGACUUCAUCCAUGCUAAUGUUGACAUAGACCUUAUUAUCGAGGAGGAGCCACCAUACGGCUGCAAGGACAAACCCGUGGAAAUCUUUCACAUGAUAGAGCAUUUCUGUUUGGGACGUCGCAGGCUGCACAUUUUUGCUAGGGACAGCACAAUAAGGCCCGGCUGGCUCAGCAUAGGGUCAGAGUUAACGAGCAGUAAUUACGAGAAGGAAAUCUACAUGAGCUACUUCAAGGGAGAUCAGAGCCUUACCACUGGAUGUACGGAAGAGAUUGAAAGACUGCGUCCGAAAUCGCCUGUGAACAAGAAUAAGCCCCAGGGGAUGGCCAAUGCCCCUAGGGGAGGGCGCGGGGGCCCCCAGCGGGGUGGAAUGCAGGGCGGGGCGCCAGGCAGGGGUGGGCGGGGCAUGGGCAUGAUGAACAGGGGAGGCCCGGGGAGGGGAAUGCGGGGACGGGGUCCCCAACGAGGAAAUUUUCGAUAAGAAUUGGGGAUAGUUUAAGUGUGUUGCUAGGGAAAUCAUGUGAAAUUUCUGUACUUGAUGAUUUAAAUUAAUGAGAUCAUAUCUCAGAAAUAGCUGAUGUAUGAUAGUAAUUAAAUGUGUAUAACAUUAAGGGUGGUUGAAGUCCAGAUGAUUACAAAUCAUAGUAUGAAAAUUAUUAAGGAUAUCUUUUGUUACCUGUAACUACCAGUAAUGAAAUAGUAGUUAUUUAUGAUACUUUUUCAAAAAGCUGACUACUGGAAAUUUGGGGUAAAUGGCUUUAAUUUGUGAUCAUGAUAUGAUUGAAGUUUGCUAUAAAUUAAUGAUUCCUUUAUCAUAAAACAAUUUCUUCUGCAAAUCAAAGGCAACUGAAUAUGAUUAUGUAAAUCUAUCAUCUUACCAAUAGUUACUAGUAUGAAAAAUUAAUUUUCUAGCCUUUGAUCAUGUAACACUUGCAAGUUUGAGAUACUAGUUAGAAACAUAUUUGUAAUUUAUUUAUCUGCUAAGUGGUACUGCUUUGGCAAUUAAAAAAUGCAAACUUAUGAAACAUGAUAAUAAAUAUUAAAUCAUAAUUUAAUGCAGGUUCCUUUGUAAUUAUGUUAAUGUAUUUGUAUACAUUUCUGGUUUUGUCCUGAUUGUUGUAAUCUCUAUGAUAUUGAAAAAAAUUAAUGGUUUUGUAAUAAAUUUGGCAGACCUA